UUCCGGUGUCCCACUGUCAACACUUGGUCCGAGCUGCUGCUGAGCAACGACGAUGUCGGAGCAGGAGUCUCUGAGGUGCUCCAGUGCCAGAAACCGUGGAGGCGUACAGAGGGUCGAAGGAAAACUGCGAGCCAGUGUAGAAAAAGGGGAUUACUAUGAAGCACAUCAGAUGUACAGGACUUUAUUUUUUAGGUACAUGUCACAGGCAAAACAUGCCGAGGCCAGGGAGCUGAUGUACAAUGGCGCUCUACUCUUCUUCAGCUAUAACCAGCAAAACAGUGCAGCAGACCUGUCCAUGCUGGUUCUGGAGGUGUUGGAGAAAUCUGAGACAAAAGUUGAAGAUGAAAUAUUAGAAAACCUGGCUAAGCUGUUCAGCCAGAUGGACCAGAACUCCCCAGAGAGAGUAGCGUUUGUGUCCAGAGCCUUGAAAUGGUCCACGGGAGGGUCUGGCAAGUUGGGUCACCCAAAACUACACCAGCUGCUGGCUAUCACUUUGUGGAAAGAGCAAAACUACAGUGAGUCUCGUUACCACUUCCUGCAUUCGUCUGAUGGAGAGGGCUGUGCACAAAUGCUGGUGGAGUAUUCGGCGUCACGAGGCUUCCGUAGCGAGGUCGACAUGUUUGUGGCGCAGGCCGUCCUACAGUUCCUCUGCUUAAAGAACAAAAACAGCGCUUCCGUGGUGUUCAGCACAUACACAGAGAAACACCCGUCCAUACAGAAGGGCCCUCCCUUCGUCCAGCCUCUCCUAAACUUUAUCUGGUUUCUGCUGCUGGCAGUGGAUGGGGGUAAAUUAACAGUUUUCACAGUGUUAUGUGAGCAAUAUCAACCUUCCCUGAAGAGGGACCCCAUGUAUAAUGAGUAUCUCGACAGAAUAGGACAGGUUUUCUUUGGCGUUCCACCCAAACAGUCCCCAUCAUACGGUGGACUGCUAGGAAACCUGCUGAACAGCCUGAUGGGUUCGGGCGAGGAGGAUGACGCGGCUGAAGAGGCCCAGGAGGACAGCAGCCCCAUAGAGCUUGACUGAGCCCGCCCCAGGACAAAGAGAACAAACGAACACACACAAAAAAAAAGAGGAAGACCACACCGCCUCCCUCCUUCACCUCCACAACAAGGGCAGGGCGAGGCGCUGGCCCGUAUUUUCAGAGGCGUGCUGUUUCCAAAAAAACCAUCCCACACAUAAAAUCAGAAAAAUCAGGCCGCCAAAAUAUCCCUCUCAGCACUGCCGGGACUGACUGCUCCAAACUGCAAACUCUUCCCGUGUUGAUUUAUUGUGAGAUUAUAUAAUUUUAUUUGAAUUAUUAUUUUUGUUAGUUUGGGACUCUUGCUCUGUUUAGGGUCUAUGGUUUUUAAACACGAGGUGACAAACUGCCCUCUCCUUAUAAAAACUCCCACAAGAUGGGAAUGGUUGGAGUCUCCCAGUGGAUCCACACAUGAAACCCCUCUUCAUAAUGUUGUUGAGUACAUCACUAUAAGAGGGUCUAGUGAACUCACUACAACUUUCCAACUGUUUUGUUUGCCAGACGGCUGAACGAAGCUCCAUUAGGGCCGUGGUGUUGCUGCUGUUAUUAUUUUUUUUUUUAAACAGCCUUCUCCGUUAAAAGUUUCUUCUUUGAGUAGUGAUUCAAAUUGUACUUGUAGUCAUUUUCUCAUUUCUUUUGUCCAUUAGCUAUAUGGACAAAAGGACAACAGAGCCCUCUUUAAGUUAUUAUCAGAGGUCAUCAUGCACCUUGAAUAUCAACCAAACAAACCCUGUCGCCUCAGCGUCUCCUUCAAAGAUCAUAGUGGUGGCUGUCAUUCAAGUGAAUUAGUGCAAACACAGCUGCGAAUAGCAACAUUUUAGAGGCCCCACUUUUUUAUUGUGCACUUGCUGAACCGCUGCUGAGCUUGUUUGCAUCUCUUUUUGUUACAGUUGCCACAUCAUUAAAAAAAAGUCUGGCAGUGAGGUGUUGGACGCACUUCAGAGUUUGUGUUUUGCUGGUUGUUUGGCUCUGGCUGUCUACCUGUCGCUGUGAAAAAUAAAAAGUCAAAGCUGGGGUUACCUUCCAAGUCUGUAAAGUGAUCUUUAUUAGAGGAGCAACAUGAGACACUGUGAAAACCUGUUGAAAGACUGUUGGAGUGAAUCUUGCUUUUUAAGUAAAAAAUGCUAAUAUCUA